AUGGUCCGCACGGCGACCCGCGAGUACGACGCGGACGUCGUCUCCUACCUCAACGCCGCCGUGAGCGCCUUCCACUGCGUCGCCGAGGUGCGCCGGCGCCUCCUCGACGCCGGGUUCGAGGAGCUCGACGAGCGCCGGCCCUGGGCCGGGGCCGUCAAGCCCGGCGGGUCCUACUUCGUGACGCGCAACGGGUCGAGCCUCCUCGCCUUCGCCGUCGGCGGCGCCUUCGACGAGGCGACGUCCGGCGCGAUCGUCGUCGGCGCGCACACCGACAGCCCGUGCCCGAAGCUCAAGCCCUGCUCGAAGCUGGAGAAGGCGGGCGCGAAGAUGAUGGGCGUCGUCGGCUACGGCGGGGGCAUCUGGCACAGCUGGUUCGACCGCGACCUGACCCUCGUGGGCCGCGCGCUCUACGCCAAGGGCGGCCGGCCGACGCACGCGUUGGUCGACCUCGGCAAGCCCAUCUGCCGCAUCCCGACGCUCGCCAUCCACCUGAGCGUCGGCGACGAGCGGUCGACGUUCAAGCCGAACCUGCAGAGCCACCUGCCGCCCAUGCUCGCGUCCGGCAUCCGCGACGCGCUCGCGGCGGCCGGCGGCCCCGACGACCCGCCGGAUCCGCCUUCCACCGGCGGCGCGCUGGAGCGCCACGACGCCGCCGUCGUCGGCCUGGCGGCGGCCUACCUCGGCUGCGCGCCGGGCGACGUCCUCGAGCUCGAGCUCCAGCUCGGGGACACGCAGCCCGCGCAGCUCAUCGGCAUCCACGAGGAGUUCGUCUCCUCGGGCCGCCUCGACAACCAGGCGUCGUGCUACUGCGGCACGCAGGCGUUGAUCGAGGCCGCGGGGUCGCUGGCCGCGGACGCGUCGCUGCGCAUGCUCACCAUGUUCGACCACGAGGAGGUCGGCUCCCUCUCAGCGCAGGGCGCGAACCUGUGCGCGAACUCGCCCGCGUUCAAGGACGUGCUCAGCCGCGCCUACGCGGCGCUCGAGGGCCGCGACGAGCACGCCUUCGUCGCCCGGUCCCUCCAGAUCUCGAGCGACAUGGCCCACGGCGUCCACCCCAACUACGCGGAGCGCCACGACCCGAAGCACGGGCCCAAGCUCCAGGGCGGCCUCGUCAUCAAGCACAACGCGAACCAGCGCUACGCGACGAACGCCGUCGGCGCCGUCAUGGUCCGCGAGUUCGCCGCCCGGGCCGACGUGCCGACGCAGGACUUCGCCGUCAAGGCGGACAGCGGCUGCGGCACGACGAUCGGGCCCAUCACCGCGGCGCUCACGGGCAUGCGCACGGUCGACGUGGGCCCGCCCCAGCUGAGCAUGCACUCCUGCCGCGAGAUGAUGGGCUCCGACGACGUCUUCUACACGAUCAAGCUCUGCAAGGCCGCCUACGAGCACUUCGCGGACGUCACGAAGGCCGUCGACGUCGACGGGCCCGACCCGUUCUGGGCCGACCCGGGCAAGGGCUGGGCGUCGGCGAAGCUCCAGUGCUAG